UUCCCGCAGGGCCUCGCAGCCUGAGGAGAGCCGUCGGGGGCUUUGGCGUCUUCGGCAGCGGUUGGCAGAGCCUCCGUGCGAGUGCGCGUCUGACGGUCCGGCCGUCUGUCCCGGAGUACUGUCUUCUGUGAGUCCGCCUCGUCGUAGCGCUGCCUCCGAGCCCGCGUCUCCCGGAGUCGGCACGCCCCUUCGCGUCGGCCCGCGGCGCAGCUAGGACGCCGGCGACGCGGCCGUCGCCUCGUCGCUAUGGCGCCUACCAUCCAAACUCAGGCCCAGCGGGAGGAUGGACACAGGCCCAACUCCCACCGGACUUUGCCCGAGAGGUCUGGAGUGGUCUGCCGAGUCAAGUACUGCAAUAGCCUCCCUGACAUCCCAUUUGACCCCAAGUUCAUCACCUACCCCUUCGACCAGAACAGGUUUGUGCAGUACAAAGCAACUUCCUUGGAGAAACAGCACAAACAUGACCUCCUGACUGAGCCAGACCUGGGGGUCACCAUCGACCUCAUCAACCCUGACACCUACCGAAUUGAUCCUAAUGUUCUCUUGGAUCCAGCAGAUGAAAAGCUUUUGGAAGAGGAGAUUCAGGCCCCUACCAGCUCGAAGAGAUCCCAGCAGCACGCCAAAGUAGUGCCAUGGAUGCGGAAGACAGAGUACAUUUCCACCGAGUUCAACCGUUACGGUAUCUCCAAUGAGAAGCCAGAGGUCAAGAUUGGAGUUUCUGUGAAGCAGCAGUUCACAGAGGAAGAGAUAUACAAGGAUAGAGACAGCCAGAUCACAGCUAUUGAGAAGACUUUUGAGGAUGCCCAGAAAUCGAUCUCCCAGCAUUACAGCAAGCCUCGAGUGACACCGGUAGAGGUCAUGCCUGUUUUCCCAGACUUUAAGAUGUGGAUCAACCCAUGUGCACAGGUCAUCUUUGACUCUGACCCAGCCCCCAAGGACACAAGUGGGGCAGCUGCAUUAGAGAUGAUGUCUCAGGCCAUGAUCAGAGGCAUGAUGGAUGAGGAAGGGAACCAGUUCGUAGCUUAUUUUCUGCCUGUGGAAGAGACACUGAAGAAACGAAAGCGGGACCAGGAGGAGGAGAUGGACUAUGCACCAGAUGAUGUGUAUGACUACAAGAUUGCAAGAGAGUACAACUGGAAUGUGAAGAACAAGGCUAGCAAGGGCUACGAGGAGAACUACUUCUUUAUCUUCCGAGAGGGUGAUGGAGUUUACUACAAUGAGCUGGAGACGAGAGUCCGUCUUAGUAAGCGCCGGGCCAAGGCUGGGGUUCAGUCGGGUACCAAUGCCCUGCUUGUGGUCAAACACCGGGAUAUGAACGAGAAGGAAUUAGAAGCCCAGGAGGCACGGAAGGCUCAGCUGGAAAACCAUGAACCGGAGGAGGAAGAAGAGGAAGAGAUGGAGGCGGAAGAGAAAGAAGCUGGGGGAUCAGAUGAAGAGCAGAAGGGCAGCAGCAGUGAGAAGGAGGGCAGUGAGGAUGAACACUCCGGCAGCGAGAGUGAACAGGAGGAGGGUGACAGAGAAGAGGCAAGUGACAAGAGUGGCAGUGGCGAGGAUGAAAGCAGUGAGGAUGAAGCCCGUGCAGCUCGGGACAAAGAGGAGAUCUUUGGUAGUGAUGCAGAUUCUGAAGAUGAUGUGGACUCCGAUGAUGAGGACAGAGGGGGGGCCCACGGGGGCAGUGACAAUGACUCGGACAGUGGCAGCGAUGGGGGUGGUCAGAGGAGCCGCAGCCAGAGCAGGAGCCGGAGUCGUAGCCGCAGUGCCAGCCCUUUCCCCAGUGGCAGUGAGCACUCUGCCCAGGACGAUGGCAGUGAGGCUGCAGCUUCAGAUUCCAGCGAGGCUGACAGUGACAGUGACUGAACAUGAGGGUCUUCCAAGGAGACCAGAGCAGACACCAUUCUUAGAACAGGAAAGCAUUUUUCUUGUGGUCUGUUUUGUGAGCCCUCCUUUGUGCACCUGACCCCUCAACCAUUGUUAAUAAAGCCAACCUAUUGAUUUUCCCUUC